AUGGCUGCGGGCUGUGACUUCAUUGAGAUUCAAUGCUCACGGUUACCUUCUCCUCGUCUUCUUCCUGAACCCUCGUCCAUCCAGCGCACAGACGAAUACGGUGGUAUUGAAAACCGGAUCAGACUGCCGCUGGAAAUUGCUCAGUUGACCCGUGACGCUGUUGGCGAGAAUGUGCCUGUCUUCUGCCCUGCUCGUGCGCUUGCUUCUCAAGGUGCUGUCGAUCUGAUCGAUAUCAGUACUGGUGGUUUGCACCCUGCUCAGAAGAUUACCUCCAGAGCUGGCUUCCAGGUUCCUCUUGCUGCUGUCAAAAGGCUGUCGAAGAUCCUGAAUGAGGAUGAUCUUGAUGUUAUCCUUGUUGGUCGUGCUUUCCAGCGUGAUACUGGUCUUGCGUGGCAGUUUGCCAAGGACUUGGAUGUUGAGAUUGCCAUGGCUGGUCAGAUUUGCCAGUUCACCAGCUACUUCCAGGCACAGUGGGUAACACUGUCAUGGCUGGCCUGGACCUCUAAGUGGAACCUUUUCGAGACCAUCCAGAGAGCCGGCCGCACUGUCACGAGAAUCGGCUCUGACACGACCACUCCGCUCAUGAAGGUCGAUGACCUUAUCCGAGCCAUUCUGACCGAGGAGUCCGACAACCGUGGAGAACAACCGUCCUUCGAAUUGUCUCUCGCUCUCAGGCUUAGAGUGGCCUUCGUGGCUUGA